AUGGUUCCUGGUUGCAUGGUUCUGGAGGAGCAGGUCCUGAGGUUUGUAAAACAGCAGCUGCAGAGGCUUCACAGACUCCUGGCCUCAGAUUACCCAGAAUGCCCCGAGAGUGAGGAGGAGGAGGAGAGCCGAGAGGUUCUGACCAUCACCUUGGAUUUCCUGAAGAAGAUGGACCAGGAGCAGCUGGCCCAACGCCUUUUCAGCAGGAGUAAAGUUGGAUUCAGAGAUAAACUGAAGUGUGAUCUGAAGCAGAGGUUCAGCCGUGUGUUUGAGGGUGUCGCUAAAGCUGGAGACUCCGCCCCCCUGACCCAGAUCUACACAGAGCUUUACAUCACAGAAGGCGGAGCCUCAGAGGUCAACCAGGAACAUGAGAUUAGACACAUGGAGACCGCAUCCAGGAGAGCAGUCGUUCCAGAGAUCACCAUCACAUGUGAAGAGCUCUUUAAAGACCACCCACAUUCACCAAAGCCAGUCAGAGCAGUGCUCACGAAGGGUGUGGCCGGCGUGGGGAAAACAGUGUUGACUCAGAAGUUCUGUCUGGACUGGGCUGAAGGCCGGGCCCACCAGGACCUCCAGCUGCUGUUUCCGUUCACUUUCAGAGAGCUGAAUGUGCUCAGAGACACGCAGUUCAGCCUGGUAGAGCUGCUGCACCACUUCUUCAGUCCAUCCAAAGAUCUCUGCAGCUUCCAACAGCUCCAGGUGCUCUUCAUCUUUGACGGUCUGGAUGAGUGCAGACUUCCUCUAGACUUCAGCCGAACCCAGGGGAAGCCUGCUUCCCUACGCUCGUCUCUGGAUAACCACACACGCCCCGCCGCGGCCAAUCAGAUCCCUGCUGAGUGCAUCUCCAUGGUGACAGAGGUGCGAGGGUUUGCCGACCUGCAGAAGGAUCAGUACUUCAGGAAGAGGUUCACAGACCAGGCCAUAGCCAUCAUCUCCCACAUCAAGAGCAUCCGCAGCCUCCACAUCAUGAGUCACAUCCCAGUCUUCUGCUGGAUCCUCUCCACAGUUCUACAAAAGCUUCUGGAACAAGCAGAGAGACAAGAACUGCCCCGGACUCUCACGCAGAUGUACGUCCACUUUCUGGUGGUGCAGGCCAAAGUCCAGAAUAUCAAGUAUCACCAGGGAUCAGGGGCAGAUCUUCACUGGACUCCAGAGACCAGGGAGAUGGUGCGUUCUCUGGGAAAACUGGCCUUUGAGCAGCUGCAAAAAGGAAACCUGAUUUUCUAUGAGAGUGACCUGGGUGAGUGUGGGCUGGAUGCUGCAGCGGCCUCAGUGUAUUCCGGAGUGUUCACACAGGUCUUCAGAGAGGAGCCAGGCCUGUACCAGGACAAGGUCUACUGCUUCAUCCAUCUGAGUGUGCAGGAGUUUCUGGCUGCUCUUCACGUCCAUCACACCUUCUUCAGCUCAGGAGAGAACCUGCUGAAGACACCACACUCCUCUGAGAGCUCUGACCCUGAGUCUUACCCUGAGGCAGCCUUCUACCGUUCUGCUGUGGUCCAGGCCUUACAGAGUCCAAAUGGGCACCUGGACCUAUUCCUGCGCUUCCUCCUGGGGCUAUCUCUGCCGACCAAUCAGAGCCUUCUGCAGGGUCUUCUGUCUCAAACAGGAAGUGACAGGACCAAUCAGAUGACAGUAAAGUACAUCAAACAGAAGUUGAAUGAAGAGGGUCUGUCUGUAGAGAGAAACCUGAACCUGUUCCACUGUCUGAACGAGCUCAACGACUGCAGUCUGGUGCAGGAGAUACAGAAGAACAUGAGAAAAUACCUCUCUGAUAGAAACAUGUCUCCUGCUCAAUGGGCAGCUCUGUCCUUUGUCUUACUGUCCUCAGACUCAGACCUGGAAGAGUUUGACCUGAGGAAAUACCAGGCCUCAGAGAGAGCUCUCCUGGGUCUAACACCGGUGUUCAAAGUUUCCACCAAAGCCCUUCUUUGUGGCUGUGGCUUGUCCCCUCACAGCUGUGGUCCUCUGUCCUCAGUCCUCAGCUCCUCCAGACUCACACAUCUGGAUCUCAGUCACAAUGAUCUCCAUGACUCAGGAGUGGAGCUGCUGUGUUCUGGACUGAAAAGUGCCCAAUGUAAACUGGAGACGCUCAGGUUGUCUGGGUGUCUGAUCUCAGAGAGGGGCGGGGCUGCGCUGGCCUCAGCUCUGAGCUCCACCCCGUCCCACCUGAAAGAGUUAGAUCUGAGCUACAACCAUCCAGGACCCUCAGCCGAGCUCUUGAUGGCUCUACAGCGCCCCCUGCCAUCUGUCAGGCUGGAUCCUGCUGGAGAGCGCUGGAUGGUCCCAGGUCUGAGGAAAUGGUCACUCCCACUAGCGUUAGCAGCAGGUUUGAUUGACAGUGUUGCUAAGCACACAGACCGCUGGUUUGGCAUGGGGCAGGCACUUAGCAACACUCUCAAUUAA